CAACAUCGAUAUUUUAUUGCUUUGAUUCUUCUUGUACCAGUCUCUUUGUUGGAUAUUUAUUGUUUUGGAAGAUCGCCAUCUGCAACGCUCGUUAAUCACAUGUCUUUUUGGAACAAAAACCCCUCUAGCUCGAAGCAAAAGAUUCGAACAGAAACCGUCCCUAUCAAAGCAUCACCAGGGACCAUAAACAGGGCGCCGUCUCGUUUACAAAGUGAAGCGCGCCUAGCGUCGAGUCUGCCCAGGUCGAAAUCCUUGGGACAGACAAGCAGAAGUUCGCGAAAGGAUAGUUAUUCGACGAAACUCAGCCUUCCCGAAAGAUCCACCAGUCGCAAACGAUCUCCAGUAUACCAGAGGAUAGAAAGUGACUCAAGCGAAGAUGAAGGCCAAGAGUCGCCGCCAGUCAAUAAAAGGCAGAGGCUGACGCCAGCGGAGUUGGACGAUCCAAACCGAACUCUUCCGUCACGAAAGCAGUUUUCGCAAAUAGAUUCUACACUGUUAAUUCAUGCCGCCGAUAUCGCCUCUCAUAAACUUGGUUACCGGGCCGCUUUUGGGGAUACAACUUUGGAAGGGGCUCCAGUGUGUCUGCAGUACCCUGGAAGCUCAAUAGCUGAAAGGUACGAGCUAGUGUUCAAAAAAGAUUCAUUCGACCCUGUGGAGGAAAUCCUAGGAGUAAUAAAGGACUUCACCGACUUCUUCCUUGAUGACGGAAAAGCAGAGCCAUUCGUGGAUCCAGACACUGGUAUUAUCCGGCGACUUGAACGUGCAAGAAACCUCGGUUCGUUAGAGGGGUUUAAGAGUGCCCUUAUCGACUACAACUCUGCAGUAGAGUCAUUGCGAAAUGGAGAGGAUAUUGCAACGGUACUCGAUAAGAAGCAUAGCGUUUCUGAGAGCCUCGUCGUUAGAAUUAUGGCCCAGACGUAUGAUCGAGCGGUCUCUCCAAAGGUCGAUCUCCUUAGGAAAUACGAAAACGGCACCAACGAGAUUUACGGGGAGCUUAAAUCUAAUCUCGUGUACAAAAUUCUUGCCGAGACGAAGAUAACCUCCAAGCAAGUAUUUGUAGAUCUCGGUUCGGGCGUUGCGAAUGUCGUGCUCCAGGCUGCGUUGCAGGUUGGCUGCGAAAGCUGGGGCUGUGAGAUCAUGGAAAAUGCAUGUUCAAUAGCCGAAGCUCAGAAGGCAGAAUUUGAAGCUCGUUGUCGGCUCUGGGGGCUCCAACCGGGGUUGACAAGGCUUGAACGUGGAGAUUUCAUGGUGAACGAAGAAAUACGGGCAGCUCUCCAAAGAGCAGACGUUGUCCUUGUGAACAAUGAAGUAUUCACACCAGAGUUAAACGUCAGUCUGGUCAACCUAUUCCUUGAUCUUAAAGAAGGCUGUAAGAUUGUUUCACUGAAGUCUUUCGUGCCGGAAAAUCGGAAGAUCAGCAACUACAACAACAACGAUCCCUCCAAUAUCUUAGAUGUUGCAAAGAAGGCAUAUUCUACUAAGAGCGUCAGCUGGAAGGAUGAAGGAGGAAAUUACUACAUCUCGACCAAGGACAGCACAAGGUUACAAUUGUAUGGUGAUCGCAGUUGAGUGGACUAGUUUGUGAUUUGGCCGAGGCCUUUCAUAACUAAUGCAACCGAUGAGAGGGUUGAGAGGUUUGGUGUCUGAGGAACGUGUUAAGCUGGGAAGUUGCAUUUUGAGCGGUAUUGACAUAUCCUUACAGUCAUUGCAAAGCGCAUCAAUACCAUUAUUCUCUAGAAUUUUGAGGCUUCAUUCAUUGCGUCGGCUUCUUGGCCCAUACGAGCCAUCCAACGGUCUAUUAGGUCUUUGUUCUCCCUUUUCAAGCGAGCCGUCUGCUGUUCAGCCAUGUUAAGUUGUAAAUCAAGAGACAUGUUUUCGUCUUGGACUUGCUGUAUAUAGUGUAAGUAUUCCGACUGAACUGGAACUGGGUGGGGAACGGUACCACCAAUAAUUGAGCCUUUCCACGUAGCUCUUCGUCUCUGUCUUUGACCUUCAAGAUAAGCUGUGCCCUCUCUGCAGAUAGAUCCC